CAUCAGCCCAAUAAUUAACAGUAGAGGUAAAAUAAAUUAUUUACAAUGGGUACAGAUGCAACAAUAGAUUAUCGGCAACGUGGAGCGCAAAGAUUCCUCACAGCGAACUGUAACCAGAGAACUGAAUCUAACCAAGGUCACUAAUGGCGGACGAAGAGGCGUCGGUGACUGACAGCUUCGAGGAAGAUUUCGAAGACGACGACGACGAGCAACACGACCUCAGAUCUCUGCUUGCUUCCAAAGACCGUGAUUUCCUCGUACGAAACAACGGCGAUGAGGUGAAGAUCAGCGAGCUGGAAGGGAAAACUGUUGGUUUGUACUUUUCCGGAUCAUGGUGCGGUCCGUGCCGACGAUUUACGCCUAUUUUAGCGGAGGUAUACACAGAACUAGUUUCAAAGGACAGCAAUUUCGAGAUUGUCUUCGUAUCAUCAGAUGGAGAUGAUGAGGAUUUCUGCGACUACUUCUCCAAAAUGCCUUGGCUUGCAAUCCCUUUCUCGGAUGAAAACAAGCGUUCUAAGCUCAGCGAUGUAUUUGGUGUGGAAGGAAUUCCCACCUUAGUUAUUCUUGAUAAGAACGGGAAAGUUCUGACAGAUGAAGCUGUUGAGGUGGUUAGGGAUUAUGGUGCAGAGGGGUAUCCAUUCACGGAUGAGAAGAUCGAGAAGUUGAAGGAGGAGGAGAAAGCUGCCAAGAUGAAUCAAAAUAUUAAAAGCUUAUUGGUUACCAGUACCAGAGACUUUUUACUCACAAAGGAUUUCAGAAAGGUGCCAGUAUCAGAUUUUGAAGGAAAGAUUGUGGGAAUAUACUUCAGUUUGAGCUCCUUUGAAGCCUGUGCUCGAUUCACCAGAAAACUUGAGAAGAUUUACAAUGAGUUGAAAGAGAAAGGAGAGAAUUUUGAGAUUGUGCUUGUUUCUCUUGAAGAAGAUGAGCCCUCUUUUAUGGAUGAUUUUGAGGACAUGCCAUGGCUUGGAAUCCCAUUCAAGGACAAGCUAAGGGAAAAGCUUGUUCGUUAUUUCGAGCUGUUGGACCUCCCAACUCUGGUUGUGAUCGGAACCGAUGGAAAGACGGUGAAUCUAAAUGCUGUGGAGCUGGUUGAGGAUUAUGGGAUUGAGUCAUAUCCUUUCACAUCUAAGAAGGUGAAGGAGCUCAAGAAAAAGGAGAAAGCAAGAAUUGAGAGCCAGACACUGGAAUCCCUUCUUAUUUCAGGAGAAAAAGAUUUUGUCAUUAAAAAUGAUGGUUCUAAGGUACCGGUUUCGGAUCUAGUGGGAAUGAACAUUCUUCUUUACUUCUCCGCACAUUGGUGUCCACCUUGCCGUGCCUUUCUUCCCAAUCUCAUCGAAACCUACAACCAAAUCAAGGAAAAAGAUGAUGCUUUUGAGAUCAUCUUCAUCUCAAGCGAUGAGGACGAGGAAUCAUUCGAAGAUUACUUCUCGAAAAUGCCCUGGUUCGCCAUCCCUUAUUCGGACGAACGUAAACGCUUCCUCUCUAGAGUCUUUAAGAUAAGCGGCAUUCCUUCAUGCGUAGCCAUCAAUCGCGAAGGCAAAACUAUCACGAAGGAGGCACGAAGCCUCAUAAUGGAACAUGGAGCUGAUGCAUACCCUUUCACUAAAGAGUCAAUGAUGCAACUCAAGGCUGAGAUGGAGGAAAAAGCGAAGCUUUGGCCGGCGAAGAUAAGACAUGAAGAGCACAGUCACGUGCUUUGGAAGAGUAAGAGAGAAUACAUUUGUGAUUCUUGUGGGAAGAGAGGGCGACAUUGGUCGUUCUAUUGCAAGCAGUGUGACUUUGAUCUCCAUCCUGAUUGUGCUUUGGAUGCCAGACAUGAGGUGGUGGAUAGUGAGGAGGAGGAGGAGGAGGAGGCUGAAUGGCCCAAGAGGAUUAAGCACAUGUUGCACAAACAUGUGCUUGUAAAAGCUUGGAGGCAUUAUCAGUGUGAUGCUUGUGGGGUCAUUAAGCAAGGAUGGUCCUAUUUCUGCGAGGUGUGCGACUUCGAUCUCCACCCUAUGUGUGCUUUGGGAGAUCAGGCCACGAUCAAAGUAAUUGAUGACAGUGAUGAUGAGUUUGAUACGUCUGAUGAUGAUGAUGAAGAUGAAAAUGAAGAUGAAGAUGAUAUUCAUAAUCAUGGGAACUUCAAUGAAAACAGGAUAAGAAAUAGUGAUGAUGAGCAUCUUGUGAAAGUCGAGGAUGAAGAUGAGUCUCUUCAUAGUGAUUUUAAACAAGAAUUAAAAUUAGGGGAUGAUAAGGAUGGUGAUGAGGAGAAAGAAGAGAAGAAGAGUAAGAAAGAAAAUCAUGAGGAUGUUAAAGUUGAAGAUGAUGAUGAGAAUGAUGGAGAGGAUGAUAGUGAGGAGGAGGAGGAGGAUGAGGAUGGCCCGGGCAUGCGAGGGUAUAUUUGUAAUACAAUGGAUAGAGAGGGCUCUGAGUCAUUCCAAGAAUCUCUCUUUACUUGUAGAUUAUACAAGUAGUCAAAUUUAUGCAGUUGAUGUGAGAUUAUAAAUGGUUUGAUGCUUUCAGAAUUUUUAUGUGUUUCAGUAGCUGUGUAAUUAAGUCUUCCUAUUUGUAAUUUAUGUAUUUUGUAGUUAAAUUUGCACUAUGAUUUAAUUUGAACUUUUUAUGUAGUAUUUAUUUCUUGUUUUUUGCAUAAAUGGGAUGAGGGAGCCAACUCCUUAAGAAGAGCAGGAAAAAUUUGCUGAGAGGAGUUUUUAUUAUAUUUGAUGGUUCCAUUUAUCAUAUUUUUCUCAUA